UCGGUUGGAUGGGAAGAGAAAUAACAGGACCUUUAUAUGGGGAGACGUGUGGUUCGGGAGAGUCGGUAAUUAUCAAGGGGAUGAUGCAGCACCAAAUAGAUUGUGCGGGUGCAUCCUUCUACAGCGCCGGACCACUUAUUGUCAUGCCUCGUGGUGGGCAAGUUAAAUACCUAGAGUCCUGGAAUAGCCAAUCCAACGGGGGACGAUUCAUUACACCAAUGUCCCGAAACACCCUCGGACAGGGAACGGGAGUAGUUGGUCGUGGUCGUCGGCGGCCGUGCCAUUGCAGGCGGUACAUCACACGAACCACGAACCAGGAUGGUUUCCGAUGGAUCGGCCUCGCUUCAACAAAUGCUUCCUGGCUCUCGGGUGGAGGUGCUCCGUGUCGGGAGCCCUUGUCUGAUCGGCCGGCAGACGGAGAUAUUACCCUUCAACCGAGUAUGACUGGUGCUGCGACGGGGGCUGGCGCUGGACUGGCGCGGCAACUGGUGCAACUGGUGCAACUGGUACAACUAGUACAAAUAAGUAUAAUUAGAUGUUUCGCAUCGUGA